AAGUGACGUUACACGUGAUGGGUGGGAGGGCGGUGGCGGCGACGUGCGGAGAGGAAGGCGGGUCUGAGAGCUGCAGAGCCCAGGAGCCCAGGAGCCCAGGAACAAAAUGGGUGAGUUGCCUUUAGAUAUCAACAUCCAGGAACCUCGCUGGGACCAAAGCACUUUCCUGGGCAGAGCCCGACACUUCUUCACUGUUACUGACCCCCGAAAUCUCCUGUUAUCUGGGGCACAGCUGGAAGCUUCACGGAACAUUGUGCAGAACUACAGGGCUGGCGUGGUGACACCAGGGCUCACUGAAGACCAGCUGUGGAGGGCCAAGUAUGUGUACGACUCUGCCUUCCAUCCAGACACGGGGGAGAAGGUGGUCCUGAUUGGCCGCAUGUCAGCCCAGGUGCCCAUGAACAUGACCAUCACGGGCUGCAUGCUCACCUUCUACAGGAAGACCCCAACCGUGGUGUUCUGGCAGUGGGUGAAUCAAUCCUUCAAUGCCGUCGUUAACUACUCCAACCGCAGUGGCGAUGCUCCCAUCACUGUGGGGCAGCUAGGAACAGCUUACGUGAGUGCCACCACCGGGGCUGUGGCCACAGCCCUGGGACUCAAAUCCCUCACCAAGCAUCUGCCCCCACUAGUUGGCAGAUUUGUGCCCUUUGCAGCUGUAGCAGCUGCAAACUGCAUCAACAUCCCUCUGAUGAGGCAGAGGGAGCUACAGGUGGGCAUCCCAGUGACUGACGAGGCAGGGCAGAGGCUUGGCCACUCGGUGACUGCGGCCAAGCAGGGAAUCUUCCAGGUGGUGAUAUCGAGAAUCUGCAUGGCAAUUCCUGCCAUGGCCAUUCCCCCCGUGAUCAUGGACACUUUGGAGAAGAAAGACUUCCUGAAGCGCCGCCCCUGGCUGGGGGCACCCCUGCAAGUGGGACUGGUGGGCUUCUGCCUGGUAUUUGCCACCCCCCUGUGCUGUGCCCUGUUUCCCCAGAGAAGCUCCAUACACGUGAGCAGGCUGGAGCCAGAACUGAGAGCCCAGAUUCAUCAGCAAAACCCCAGCGUUGAAGUGGUUUACUACAACAAGGGACUGUGAGGGAGGGUCACUCUGGCCCCUCCCUCACCUCCUUGAGCCGCUGUGUUUGUGGAGCCUUGCCAUCCUGCCACUCUCUUUUGCCUGGUACUGGGCAGGGGGCUUAGUGGGGAAUAGCUAUUGAGACCAGCAAUUCAUUAGGCUGGGGAAGGUACUCGCAUAAGCCUUUUUCUCUCCUCUCUGAUUUCAAAGAGCAGCAUCACGUAAUCCCUUUCUCCUGUGCUAGUGUGUCUGUGUAUAUACCUAUGUGAUACAUGUGUGUACAUGUUGUUCUGGAAGCUAGGAGCAGACAUUCUGUCCUGGGAUGUCCUGAUAUCUGGCUUUUCCACUUGGCCUCCUGCCACCUUCCAGCCAGCCAGACUACACAACAUCCUUGCCUAAACAGUGCUACGGGCCAAGUCAUUUCUGACAGCACCUCUCCCCUUCUGGACAUAGAAGGAGCCCCAGGAUUUCAGGACAGACUGAGGGACACUAGCAGACCAAACUGAACUGAAUCCUUCAGAUUUCUGCUAACUGGCCCCCAAAGCUGACUCAGGGACUGGGCUGGCAAAAGAAGACAUGUCAGGCUAAGAGAGGAAGGGGGCUUAUACAUCCCCCACAUCCCAGAAUAAAUCAUUUCCUCUCCUCUUCUUUGCCAGAGCUAAGGGGUAUCUGGGCUCUUGCCAUCUUCCCUUCCCAGUUCCCCCACUGCAAUGUGGGCAUCUUCAGGCACCAUCCUAGGAGUUCUUGGUCCUCUCUGACAUCAUAAUAUCAAAUCUAAACCUAUAAUCCCGACCUUCUCCCUCAACCAAAAAACCACUAAGGCAGAGAAACAUUCCCCUUUAAGAGCUCCCACCACAGCCUCUUAGAGGGGACACAGCUAUAGAACGGUGCUUACAUUCCACAGGUAUCUGAGUGGGUGUAAUUAGUACACUCUCAAGGCAACUAGGCCCCACAUAUACAACCUUAAGACAGGGAAUUUUGUGUUCCAUUGGCCCUUGUUAGGCAUUCAGCAGAACCCCCACCUUAGCUUCUCUUUCUUGAGGCUUGGCCCUGUUCCUACCCCCAUCACCACCCCCGAAGGAAGAGGGGCCCAGGCAUCAAAAGCUGGUUCAAAGGGGAGGUGGUCCUGGGGAUGGAGCAUGUGCUGGUAAACUCAGAGAGAGUAGAGUUGGAACUUGACUUCAACUCCCAUGACCUCUGGCUGAAGUAGAGUUGAAGGCACCAAAGGGGUCUUCUAAGAGCACUUUCCUGCUCCCCCAGCCAACCGCCACCAGUAGUAAAAGCUAUGAUGCCAUUGUUGCUCAAUAAACUGGAAACCUGUCUACUUCUUGA